AUGACUUCUGUGUUCGUCGCAGAAUUCAAGAAAACCGGACACGAUAUCGCCGAUGAGAUGCUCCACUCAUCCAUUGAGCAAGAAAGCGGAAUAAGUGUGCUGAUUGGCUCUGACCAGAUGUGGACGGUGAUGACAGGUGAAAUUCACAGACCUAAAAGCGAGGAAAAUCUCAUUGCCAUCAACUCAAAGUUCGGAUGGACAUUCCAAGGGAGCACCGACCACUGGUCGUCAAAGGCAGUUGACUCCCGAGUCAUGGUAUGCGUGUUGAAGACUCAAGUGGAGGAUGGUCAAGAGCUAAUCCGGUCAUUUUGGGAACUAGAGAGUAUAAGCAUAUCUGAUACCGGAAACAAGGAAAUUGAGAUGAGCUCAACUAUGCAACACUUCGAGGAAACAAUAGAAAUGCGAGGAGACAGAUACGAAGUGUCAUUGCCCUGGAAAACUGGGUUUGAACUAUGUGACAACAAGGAAGUCGCCACUACCAGACUAAAGAAACUUUUGAGCCGCUUAUCCAGCAAAGAUGGUCUUCUGCAAACUUACGACGCCACGAUCCGCGACUACCUACUAGCCAGACAUGCAGAAGUAGUAAAGGAAACAUCUCGAAAUCCGGCGAAGGUUUACUACAUGCCACAUAAAGAAGUGAUCCGGGAACAAGCGCUGACAACAAAGGUGCGAGUCGUUUUCUACGCGUCAUCAAGGGCACCAGGAUGCAAGUCGCUCAACGAGUGCUUAGAGAAGGGCGACAACUUGUACCAGGACCUCGUAAAGAUAUUGUUACGCUUUAGAACGCACCCCAUCGCCAUAAUGGCAGAUAUUAAGAAGGCCUUUCUUCAGAUUUCUAUAAAAGAAGAGGACAGAGAUGCCUUUCGAUUUCUGUGGUUCGAAGAAGGCGAUGUUGCUGAGUUCCUGCAGAAGCAAGUGCAGGAAUGGAGGAUGACAAGAGUACCUUUUGGAGCGACAUGCAGCCCAUUUCUGCUGACGGCAACCAUUCUUCAUCACAUAAGAAGAGCGCCACCAAGUAUGGCCUCGACCGCGAAGACCUUGGGCGAAUCGUUCUACGUCGACGACUUAGUCACAGGAGCUGAUACGGACGACGAAGCUGCCAAGUUUUGUAAAGAGGCGCAACAGCUCAUGCUCUCUGCAGGCAUGAACCUUCGCAAGUGGACGACAAACUCCAGAUAG